UUGGGACAUUUCUGGAUGAUGCUCUUAGAGACAAAUUCGUCUGUGAACUUGCAGGAGAAGUUUAUCACAGAAGGUUACUGUCAGAGAAGGACCUUACCUUACGAAAAAAGCCUGCGAUGUUGCUGUUGCAUUAGAAUUAGCGCAAAAAGAUACCAAGCAGCUGAGUGCUCAGGUAGCCAUAAAGGACUCAAGUGUGCAUAAGGUGCAAAAUGUCUAUGGGGGCAAGCAGAAGUACAGAGGACAGGAAAAUGCUCAGUACAGGAGUAAAAAAGGGGUCCAGCAACCUUUUAACAAGCAUAAAAGCAACUGUUACAGUUGUGGAGGAGGCAACCACCAUCCCACAGAAUGUCGUUAUCGAAAUGAAAAAUGCCGCAACUGUGGAAAAAUCGGACACUUACAACGUGUAUGUAAAAAUCACAGAACACAGCGGCUAGACAAAGCUCAAUACGUGUCAGUGGACUCAUCUGGGAAUCAGUGUGCAGUGGAUGAUGAACUGUUUGAGCUCUUCACUGUAUAUUCUGCACAAGACAAGGCGGAUGGCAUUUAUAUUGAUCUACAGCUAAAUGGCACAACAGUUAGCAUGCAACUAGACACAGGAGCCUCUUUGUCUUUGAUCCCAGAAAAUAUCUAUAAAGACAAAUUGAAGGAUUGUAUGUUGCGCCAGACCUCCAUUCAUCUGGCCUCAUACACUGGAGACAAAAUUCCUGUGUUGGGUGAGAUCAAGGUUCCAGUCACAUAUGAGGGACAGCAGUGUUCACUUCCAUUGAUUGUGGUCAAAGGAGACAAGCCACCAUUGCUGGGACGUAACUGGCUCCAGAAAAUAUCCUUAAACUGGAAGGAGAUCUUCAGCUUGAGACAUGUGACACCGGUGAGUGUUCUUUCCCUCUCGGAUGUACUUGAAAAACACAAAGAGCUAUUUCACGAUGGAUAUGGCAAAAUUUGUGACUUUAAAGCAAAGGUGAGAUUGCAAGAAGGAUCUCAACCUAUCUUUCACAAACCAAGGCCUGUUCCGUAUGCUCUUAAAGAAGCAGUAGAAAAGGAACUUGAUCGCCUGGAGAGAAACGGAAUUAUCUCUCAGGUUGGAAGAAGCGAUUGGGCAGCUCCCAUUGUGGUUGUGCCAAAGAAAGACAAGACCGUUAGGCUGUGUGGCGAUUAUAAAGUCACAGUGAACAAAUGCAUUCUUGCAGAGGACUAUCCGUUACCUAACGUGGAGGAUCUUUUUGCCACCUUGGCUGGGGGAAAAGUCUUCAGUAAGAUUGAUCUGUCUUUUGCAUAUCAGCAGCUGCAGUUGGACACUGAAUCCGAGCAGUACGUUACCAUAAACGCACACAAAGGCCUGUUUAAGUACCAUCGUCUGGCCUAUGGGAUUUCCACAGCACCUGCGAUUUUUCAACACACGAUGGAUCAAUUUCUACAGGGACUUCAACAUGUAGUGUGUUUUAUGGAUGAUAUUCUGGUCUCUGCACCAUCUUCUGAGGAACAUCUGGUAGUACUGGACAAAGUACUGUCACAACUGCAACAAUAUGGAAUAAGAGUGAAGAAAUCGAAAUGUGAAUUCCUCUGUAACUCUGUGGAAUACUUGGGAUUCAAGAUUGAUGAAAAAGGAGUGCAUCCAACGGAGAGUAAGGUGGAUGCGAUUGUAAAGGCCCCUGCUCCAACAAAUAUCUCAGAAUUACGAUCUUUUCUGGGACUUUUGAACUACUACGGAAAGUUUGUGGCUAACCUUUCCACGUUGUUGCACCCACUCCACCAACUGUUGCAGGCCAAUGUAAAUAGGCAAUGGUCUUCACAGUGUGCUCAUGCUUUCAACGCCUGUAAACAGCAAUUGUUGUCAAGUAAGUGGUUAGCUCACUAUGAUCCAAAAAAGCCACUGAGACUCGCCUGCGAUGCCUCUCCCUAUGGCGUCGGUGCAGUUAUCUCACAUGUGCUACCUUCAGGGGAAGAACACCCCAUUGCGUUUGCAUCAAGGACUCUGACAGCAAGUGAAAAAAACUAUGCACAGAUUGAGAAAGAGGCCCUGAGCAUAGUCUUUGGAGUGAAAAAGUUUCACAAAUAUCUGUAUGGCCGCAAGUUCCACCUGCUAACUGAUCACAAACCUCUUCUUGCAAUUCUAGGUCCCAGAUCUGCCAUUCCAACACUUGCUGCUCUCCGUAUGCAACGGUGGGCUUUGACCUUGUUGGCCUAUGAUUAUGAAAUAGAGUACAGGCGCUCUGCGGACCACGCAAAUGCAGAUGCUUUGUCCAUAUUACCGUGUGAGACACCCUCUACAGGGGGGGAAGAGGAGACUGUGUUUCAAGUCUCACACCUAGAUGAAUUGCCAAUCUGUGCAAAGGACAUUGCCACGGAAACUAGGAGAAAUCCCUUGCUGUCAAAAGUAUUGGACCUAACCUCUGGAUGGCCCAAUCAUGUCACAGAUGAGCACUUGAAACCAUUCCUUGUAAGGAAAGACCAGCUCUCAACAGACCAGGGCUGUAUCCUGUGGGGCUCGAGACUGACCAAUGCAGAGAAGACUAUAAACCUCUUGCGUCAUAUCUGGGCUUCCUAUGGAUUACCCAAAGAGCUGGUGUCCGACAAUGGCCCACCAUUCACCUCCAGGGAGUUCGAGGAGUUCCUAAGGAAUAAUGGUGUGCGUCAUGUUCUAUCUCCUCCAUAUCAUCCAGCCACAAACGGUCAAGCCGAGCGGGUGGUACAAACCUUUAAAAAAGCAUGGCAAAGGUUACGAGCACAAUCUGUAGCCCCUAAUCUACGCCUGCCUGGCUUUCUGUUAACCUACCGCAACACUCCCCAUACAGUAACAGAAAGAACACCUGCUGAACUGUUCCUGAAAAGACAGCCUCAUAUCCGUCUCGCACUGCUAAAGCCUGAUACAUCUGCUGUUGUUCUCAAACACCAAGCGCAGCAAAAAAGUGCUCACGAUUCACCUUCGAGAAAACUCAGAUCAUUUGAGGUUGGUCAGAAGGUCAUUGUGCGGAACUGUCGACAAUCAAAUUGUGCUGGGCUUCCAGGUGUAAUCUUGUUCCAACAUGGACCUCUAACAUACCAAGUGCAAGUCGGAGAUCGUAGUGUGAAGGUACAUGUGGAUCAUCUGCUGCCAUCUAAUGCACAGGACAGAAAGGAUGUUAUGGGCAGUACCAUGGCCAAUGACUUUGCUCCUGAUGUGAGUGACAAGGGCAAUUCCAGUGUUACCCAGUCACAUAUUCCAGUGGAAACAAGGACAGUUCCCAGUCCUGAAAGAAGAUAUCCUUUUCGACAGAGAAAGGCACCUAACAGAUUAGAUUUGUAG